UGUGUGACUUGACUGCUGAACGGAAGAACUGUGCGGGUUGCCGUAGCACUCCUCCUGACUACUGGAAAGAUGGCGGCAGCGCACACCCGGGCGAGCCCCAAUUCUGCAGGCGAAAAAAAAUCUUAACAGAAAGACACCUUUCGCCCAGCUUUUGCAAGAGGAAAACGUGCAAACAACUAUUAAACUUGCAUGGUCAUGGGUGGUCCCAUGCACCACUAGAACCGAGCAUUCCCCGACCUGCUAUGGAGCCUCCGGAUAAUAGCGAACCUAGCAGGCAGGUCAAUCCCUCAAAAGAUGGUUCGGCGCAUCAGAGCUGCGAGGUGGAAGACUUUUGGUACGAGCCCAGCGAGGAAGAGGAAGCUCUGUACGGAACAUCACCCCCCUACACCUCCCGGCAGAUGAAACGCAUGUCGGGGAAACACCAGAAGAACAGCCAGGCCAGGUCGGCUGGACGCUCCCCCGUUGGACACUCUCCAAACAAGAUAGACAAUCAGCCAACCCCCUCCAGUCCAUCCCAGCCCCAGAGAGAGAGUGAGCCUAACCCCUACAGGCCUAGAGAGGGGGCUGAGCGAGACCGAGAGAAGGACCCCCCAGAGGCUGAGCAACAUAACUACAAGUUGGGUAAGAAACAGACCGACCCUUCUGAGGGGAUCCAAAUAAACGUAAACAAAGCAACCGAGGAGCACCAACACAACUAUAAGCAGGGUAAAAGACAACGCGCCACCCUGCGUUCCAGCGAGAGAGACCACAAGAAGACCUUUGAAGGUUCCUUCAUGCUGGACCCGCUCUCCAAGACCUCCAGCCCCUUCGGUGGAGGCUCAUCCCUGAACAUGGACCCCAGGAAACCCUACCUAUCGCUGGGGUGCGGCAGCGGCAAGCUCCCUGUCACUAUCCCCCACCCCAUGGCCCACCGCACCCACCGCCAGACCUCAAGGACAGACUGCCCUGCAGAUAGACUCAAGUUCUUUGAGACGCUGAGGUUGUUAUUGAAGCUGACUUCCAUGUCGUCCAAGAAGAAGGAGAAGGAGCAGCGAGGUCUGGAGAACUCAGCCUUCAUGGGCCAGAACAACGAGGUGGUGUGGCUGGAGCUCCAGGCGUGGCACGCGAGACGCUCCGUCAACGACCAGGAUCUGUUCCUGUUCACGGCUCGACAAGCAAUCCCAGACAUCAUCAACAAGGUGCUCCACUUUAAGGUCAAUUACCACAGCCUGAGCCCCAGCACCGUGGGCCUGGGACAACUGACCCUGGGGGUGUGUGUAGGACGACCAGGUAUGGUUGGAUCAGGGGCAUCUCCUGGCCAGGGAGCCCAGAGGACACUAGUGUUAACAGAGCCUUGCUGUGGAGGCCCAGACCAGGGUCCCAAACAGAGGUCUCCAACCCAGGCCUCAGAGACUGUUUCUGGGGAGGAGAGGGAUUUUAACCAGCCUGCUGCUGUUGGAGCCCCAGAGACGAACCAAAAUCACUUUGCUUCAGUUGACCCAUGGGGCUUCAGCGCCUGCCCCUCGGCAGUAGACGCAGCGGCGCCCCUGGGCUCCGGGGCGGGGUGCAGGGAGCACCUCCAGCGCCAGCGGCUGGCCUUCGAGCAGGUUAAACGGGUGAUGGAGCUGCUGGAGUCGGUAGAGGCUUUGUACCCGUCCCUGCAGACUCUCCAGAAGGACUAUGAGAAGUACGCAGCCAGGGACUUCCAGGGCAGGGUGCAGGCACUCUGUCUCUGGCUCAACAUCACACAGGAUCUGAACCAGAAACUUCGUGUUAUGGCGACUGUCCUCGGCCUCGGGGACCUUUCCCGUAUCGGCUGGCCCGUCUUCGAGAUCCCCUCGCCACGCUGUUCCCGUGGCAACGACGAGGAAGACGAGGAUGAAGAAGACGGGGAGAAUGACUCCACGGCAACCUUCACUGCCGGUGACAGCGACGGAGAGGACAGAGACCUAGUGGGGGAGGAGGGGGAAACUGGUGAGCCCAGAGGGGGUGAAACGACAACUGAGCCGGGAGAAGAUGAACUCUCCCCCUGUUUGACUCCUAAAUUUGCCCAGUUACUACUAUCUGAGGAUGGGACAGGGACUAUGGAGGUGGUAUCGGGGGGCACAGGGACAGGAGGGAUGAACUGCCCUACAGCCAUCUUCAGACCAUUCGUAGAUAAGGCCUUGAAACAGAUGGGGCUGAGGAAACUGAUCCUGAGACUACACAAGCUGAUGGACCCCUCCCUCCAGAGGUCCCGGGCAGCCCUGCUCAGCCACACGCCUGCACAGGAGUUCACUGACUUCCCAGACCCCAUGCUGAACAGUGACUACCUACCGGAGCUGUCCCGCCACCUGUCCUCCUGCAGCACUCCCGGGGGCCCGGAGCUGGGGGCGGACCAAGUUUCCUGGGAGGAGCUGUUGGACAUGGACCUGCCCUCAUUCCGACCUGCCUUCCUGGUCCUGUGCCGCGUCCUGCUGAACGUGAUACACGAGUGCCUUAAGCUGAGACUGGAACAGAGGCCUGCAGGGGAGCCAUCACUGCUCAGCAUCAAACAGUUGGUGCGUGAAUGUAAGGAGGUGUUGAAAGGUGGUCUCCUGAUGAAGCAGUAUUACCAGUACAUGCUGAGGGGGGUGGUAACAGACCCCCAGGGACUCCAGACCAAUGCCAACAUAGACGAAUUCGAGGAGGACCUCCACAAAAUGCUGGUGGUGUACUUUGACUACAUGCACAGCUGGAUCCAGAUGCUGCAGCAGCUUCCCCAGGCCUCACACAGCCUGAAGAACCUUCUAGAGGAGGAGUGGAACUUCUCCAAGGUCAUCACUCCCUACAUCAGACGAGGGGAGGCCCAGUCUGGGAAACUCUUCUGUGACAUUGCUGGGAUGCUGCUCAAGUCCACAGGGGACUUCCUGGACACGGGCCUGCAGAAAAGUGGUGAUGAAUUCUGGGAAAGUGCCGACGACAGUACAGUCUCAGAUGAGAUCCGCCGGUCGGUAAUUGAGACGAGCCGGUCAUUGAAGGAGCUGUUCCACGAGGCUAGAGAGAGGGCAUCCAAAGCUCUGGGAUUUGCCAAAAUGCUCCGUAAGGACCUGGAGAUUGCUGCUGAUUUCAGCAUUACCAGUGGGGUGCCAUGCCUCCUUGAGACCCUCAAGGAGAGAAAUUAUGUCAAGGUCCAGAUCCCAGGGCUGGAGGAGCUGGAGGUGUUUGUCCCAUGUGCCCUGAUGCACCAGCGUGACCUCAUCCUGCAGCUUCUAAACGCAGCAGCCGGUAAGGAUUGCAGUAAGGAGCCCGACGAGAUGAUGGCAGAGGACGAGGCCUACCUGCUGAUGAGCAAGCAUGGAGCAGGGGACCCGCCUGGGGGGGCAGGCCAGGCCGGGGUUCAGUGGCACUGGGAUGGGAAGCUGGUCAAACUGGUGCCUCAGAUGGAGACUGUGGACACGCUACGGGCCAUGAAGGUGGAGAACCUGCUCCUGAUAGUGAUGCAGUCAGCCCACCUUGUGGCCCAGCGUAAGGCCUUCCAGCAAAGUAUGGACGAGCUGCUCACCCUAAGCAGGGAGCAAACCUCCAGCCAGCCCCUCAUCGCCCGCUCCCUGGAGCAACUCAAGAACGAAGCUUUACAGCUCUGUAGAAAGAUCAACACAGCCAUUGACCGGGUGGAGUUCAUGUUCACGUCAGAGUUUGAGGCCGAGGUGGAGGAAUCUGAGUCAGCCACGCUGCAGCAGUACUACAGAGAGGCCAUGAUCCAGGGAUACAACUUCGCCUUCGAGUACCACAAGGAGGUGGUGCGUCUGAUGUCGGGGGAGUUCCGUCAGCGGAUUGGGGAAUGCUAUAUCGCCUUCGCCAGGAAGUGGAUGAAUUACGUCCUCACCAAGUGUGAAAGUGGCCGGGGAACCAGACCCCGCUGGGCCACUCAAGGAUUUGAUUUCCUCCAAGCCAUUGAACCUGCCUUCAUCUCUGCUUUACCAGAGGAUGACUUCCUGAAUUUGCAAGCUCUGAUGAAUGAGUGCAUUGGCCAUGUGAUCGGGAAGCCUCACAGCCCAGUCAGUGGCUUGUACCUAGCCCCCAGGAACAGUCCUCGACCAGUGAAGGUCCCUCGUUGCCAUAGCGACCCCCCCAACCCCCACCUGUUCAUCCCCAAUGCAGAGGGCUUCAGCUCUAGGAGUCUCCCCUGCGACCUACGGACCCAGCUGUGUCUACCUACCGGCCCCCGCCCUGUCCCCGCCCCUCAGGCCCCAGGCCCUGCCCCCGGGGAACACUGCCCAUCCAAAGCACCUGGGUCCACCCCCAAUGACGUCAGAGGGGCCAACCUCCACGAGAACGACAGGCUGUCGUCUGUAGCGGCUGAGCUGCAGUUCAAGUCUCUGAGCCGACACUCCAGUCCCACUGAUGACAGGGAAGAACCCUCCUAUCCUAAGGGAGGAGACCCCAGCAGCACGGCCAGGAGAAGCUGGGAGCUCCGCACCUUCAUCAGUCAAUCAAAAGACACGGCAGCCAGGCAGAGCCCCAUGGAAGCUGUACGUCGCUCCAUACGCUCCUUCGAGGACAACCGCUACGCGGUCAUGAAGCAGAGGAACAUCAUUGGCCAGGUGUGCCACACCCCCAAGUCCUACGACAACGUCAUGCACGUCGGCCUCCGCAAGGUCACCUUCAAGUGGCAGAGGGGCAACAAGAUAGGCGAGGGCCAGUAUGGCAAGGUGUACACCUGCAUCAAUGUGGAUACUGGAGAACUGAUGGCUAUGAAGGAGAUCCGGUUCCAGCCGAAUGACCAUAAGACAAUAAAGGAGACAGCAGAUGAGUUGAAGAUCUUUGAGGGCAUCAAACACCCCAACCUGGUCCGCUACUUUGGUGUUGAGCUGCAUCGGGAGGAGAUGUACAUCUUCAUGGAGUACUGUGAUGAAGGGACCCUGGAGGAGGUGUCCAGGCUUGGCCUACAGGAACACGUCAUCAGGCUGUACAGCAAACAGACCACCACGGCCAUCAACGUGCUCCACGAACACGGCAUUGUGCACCGAGACAUCAAGGGAGCCAACAUCUUCCUGACGUCGUCCGGCCUGAUCAAGCUGGGGGACUUUGGCUGCUCUGUGAAGCUGAACAACGCACAGACCAUGCCCGGAGAGGUUAACAGCACCAUGGGCACGGCAGCAUAUAUGGCACCUGAGGUCAUUACCAGGGCAAAGGGCGAGGGCCACGGACGAGCAGCUGACAUCUGGAGUCUGGGAUGUGUCCUCAUAGAGAUGGUGACUGGGAAAAGGCCGUGGCACGAGUACGAGCACAACUUUCAGAUCAUGUACAAGGUGGGUAUGGGCCACAAGCCCCCCAUCCCAGAGAAGCUGUCCACAGAGGGGAAGGAUUUCCUGGGUCACUGUCUGGAGAGCGAGCCCAAACAACGCUGGACUGCCAGUACACUGCUAGACCACCCAUUCGUCAAGGUUUGCACAGAUGAAGAGUGAGUGAGGGGGAACGGACCCUGUGGCUGUCACGUUUACAAACUAUAGCACUACUGUACAUGAUGUUGGCCAGAGACUGGACACAACCAGAUAGAGGGGCUUGUGAACAUAGGAAACAGGAAAUGAUAACUGCAGGCACAUGGAGCUAAACUGAGGAACUCUUAUAACAUAAUUUCCGAUGGAUCACCUGGGUCGUGUUCAAUUAGAACAGCUUGUUUUAGUUUUGGCUACGUUGUGUCCUAAUGAACAUGACCCUGUAGUCGAGUGACAGGUCUUGCAUUUUCUGGAAGGGGAUAGCAUUGCAUUGUACAUACUAUAAUAAUAGGAUUGGUUCAUUGGAUCCUUCCUUGUAUAAACAAUAUUGUAAAGCUUGAGUAAUAAAUAUAGCCACAUCUUGUUGUUCUCUCACUGGUGAAGAUAAGAUAGAAGACCUGAAUAAAAAGGCAAAUGAAGACAUUUUAAAGAAAUGGGGGGGAAAUAAAGCUAUGUCACUUUUUUACUGUUCCCCUUUCAGUGAGUACUAAGGGACAAGUAAGGGACAGUUAAGGGGAGGAAUUCAGAUAUCUGGGUCUCGUUCAGUAGACAUGUUGUGGAACAUUGCAGCUAGAAAUGUCGAGGCAUGUUUUCUACAAUGUUGUGCCCUUCUGAAUUUGCCCCAGGUUUGGUCGAGGCAGAUAGUCUUGCCUUUCCUUGUUUGAUGAGGUGAGCUUCAUUGCACAGAAGCAGGGUAUGCUGCAACUGUAAGAAACUAUUACCAUGCAAAUUAACACUCAAAGGCUGUAGAGCCCAGGAAGGAAAGAAACAUUUUAUUUUAAAAUAUAUCUUUUUUUUCUUGCUAAGGAGAGGAUUCCAAUGGUAAUGUGGGGCUUAAGCCUAUUGUGCAUCCCAAAUGGCACCCUAUUCACUAUAGUGCACUAUUAUGGUCCUGGUCAAUAGUAGUGCACUAUAUAGGGAAUAGUGUGCCAUUUGGGUGCAGGGAUGUGGGUGGGAUUCUAUAGACUUCAGGCAUGGAUUGAUGGUCAGUUAGACAGGUGUGCCCUGAUUGGACAGCUGGUGCAUAUCCAACCAAUGAGAGAAGACAAAGUUGCGUGCUCACUCCCUGCUGCUGAGAACACAUACAUUCUGGUCCUCUGCUGCUCUUUGUUUGCUAUGUACAAACGAUAUUAAUAAAUCUUUUUUUAAUAAA